AUGGAGCAGGAACAGGAGGACGCGUUUGAGGCCAUGUACAUCAAAGCAAAAGCACAGAUAAACAUGGUUAUCGAUGGUGCCCCACGGCUCAUCGAGUGGUUCAGAGUGACUAACGAGCGCCUGGUGGAGGCCAGCGAAGAGAGCGGGAUAACUGAGGAGGAAAUCUUAGAGCUCAACAACGAGAGCAGCGAGGUCUGCGAGAAGAUUACAGAGCUUCAAGAACAGUUGAUACAGGUUACCGCUAAUAGCAAGAUAUUCGAGAGGAUACGAUGUGAUACACGCACCAUAGCCCUCGAAAGCAGACGAAUGAUCCGUGAGAAGCUAUCAAGCGGAUGUAUGGAAGAUAUAGACAAGAUGUUGAUUCAUGCCGGAAACAUCACUGCAGAUAUCGACGCUAUACGAUAUAACCAGCACUCACCACACGUCGAGCAGUACAAGGAGAACUUCCACGAGACAUAUGGGAUAUCUUUCGCCAGAGCAUCGGCCCAGAUACACAUCUAUCCUCCAGAGGUGAUUCGGACAUUUAACAUCCUGGGUGCCCUUGAUGGGUUGCGUUUUUGGUGGCAGAGUGAUUUGUACAUGGCCAGGGAGGCCAUUGGGGAUCUGGGGCUUGAGAUCAUUCACACCAUGGCCAGGACAGAUCCAGGUAAACUGUGGUCUCUCUUUAGGGAAGACAAAUGCGUGUUAGAAAAGUUCAACCGGAUGGAGGAGUUGUUUACAAAGGAGCAGGCUCCUGGAUCAUUGACAGCAGCGACUGAUGCUUCCCCCGGUGUCCAGCAUAAAUAUACAUCCCUGCUCAUGCCGUUGAGCGUCGCGACCAAGCAUCGUCGACGGGUCCGGUUUCCAAGACAGCAGACUCAACCAUCUCAACCAUCGGCAUCAUCUAUACCACCUCAAGACACAAGUAAAGUCUCAAAUCAAAAGACGAACCAAAAGCCGAAGAAGAAAAAGAAAGAAAAUCCCCAACAGAUGACCAUGGCUUCGCCCGAUGUCCCCUCUAUUUUCACCACCCUCCCACCCCUCAUUGACAAACUAGAGACUGAAACAUCCAAGUCCCAGUCCGAAGUGACCAAUAAAUGCAUCCCCUUUCUAACAGGCGAGGCGAGUUCGAUGCCGCCAAACAAAUGGGGGGUUCAACGCCUCAAUCGUGACCUGCAUGUUGCCUAUCUCGUGGAUGCGCUGGGCGAGUAUCCGGCUAACUUCGUGGGCCUGGACGCUAGCCGUCCGUGGAUGGUUUACUGGGCCAUCACGGGGCUGUAUUUACUCGGCGAAGAUGUACGGGAAUAUGAGAAGCGCGUUGUGGCCACGGCGGCACCGAUGCAGAAUCCGACAGGGGGCUUUGGCGGCGGGCACGGCCAGAUGUCACACUGCGCGUCAUCCUAUGCGCUCACCCUUAGUUUAGCCAUGACCGGAAGCCCAGAAGCGUUUAAGUUAGUCGAUCGAGUCGGAAUCUGGAAAUGGCUAGGCCAGUUGAAGCAAGCCGAUGGCGGGUUUCAAGUCAGUAAGGGAGGCGAAGAGGAUGUUCGCGGAGCGUAUUGCGCUAUGGUAAUGAUUGCCCUGCUGGAUAUACCCGUGGAGUUGCCACCAGAUGCACCAGCAAGGCAAUUCGGACAUGAGACGUUUAUGAGCGGCCUGCCUGAAUAUCUAUCUAGAUGCCAAACCUACGAAGGAGGCAUCUCUGGAAGCCCCGGCACCGAGGCGCAUGGUGCAUAUGCCUACUGCGCAAUCGCAUGUCUCUGUAUCAUGGGCCAUCCCUGGGCCAUGAUCAACAAUAUUCGCCCGAGGGCGGAUUUUCAGGUCGCACAAACAAGUUAG